AUGUCGGCCAAGAUAGCAAAGACUAUCGCUCGCCAGAAAGAAAAGAUUGCCGAAGGGAGUUUCUACGAGGCGCACCAGCAACUCCGUGUCAUCACCGCCCGCUAUCUCAAAGCCUCCGACUACAACUCGGCCUGCGACGUCCUCUACAAUGGCGCCCUCCUUCUGCUCCGCGCCGACCAGGGUGGCUCAGGCGGCGAUUUGGCGCUCAUGCUGUUGAACGACGUCUACGUCAAGGGCGAGUAUGGAUGCGACGACGAGAAUAGAAAGAGACUGUUGGAGAUAUUCCAUGCCUUUCCCAAAGAGGAACCGACCAGGAAGAGAUUCGUGACCGAGAUGGUUAACUGGAGUGGGAAAUUUGGGGAUUUGGAAAGGGGAGACCCAGAGAUUCAUCACCAGGUGGGCAAGGCGCUUGCGGAAGAGGGUGAAGCAUACGACGCCGAACGACAUCUCGUCAUCGGCACCCCAGAAUCGGCCCCUGUCCUCGCCAGCUUACACUAUGUCUGGUACAAAUUGGACCAGCCGCACCUUGCACCCAUCUACGCCUCCCGCUCCGUUCUUCCCUAUUUGUUGGUUGGGAAUCUCUCCAGCGCGAACCUCGCCCUGUCAACCUUUACAUCGCACCUCACAACACAAAACCCGAACUUACUGUCCAUGUCUCAACCCCUUGAAUCCGCCAAGUCGGGCCUCUCAUUGCGAAUAUUCCCCUCGAUCCCUCUCCUCAACUUCCUGUCUCUUCUAUUACUCUCCUGUCAGAAAGGCGAUGCCAGUUUAUUCCGCCAGCUCGCAAAGUUCUACGCCCCGCAUCUGAAGGAACUUGAAGGACUGUGGAGUGAAGCUUUGGCACAUAUUGGAGAGAUCUGGUUCGGAAUCAAGAUUCCCCGGCAGAAUACUGGGAAUCCAUUGUUUGAUAUGAUGGGCAGUAUGCUUUUCGGCGGGCAGCAACCGGGGGCGAAAGCGGCGACUCCAAGAUCGGGCACACCAAAGCCUGCAAUAAGUGGCAGCAAGGCCCCUCCAAAGGAAAUCGAGAAGCCUCCAACAAUGGAUUUGGAUUGA